AUGGACGUACUAUCACAUUACAGCUCACCUGUGAUUGAAUUUCCUGCAACACAGCCGUUGGAAAGACAGUAUGCUCUAGUGGAUAAUUGCACAGGCACUGAUUCGCCGCCUCCUAGCAAAGAUGCAACCACGGGAACACAAGAAAAACUGCACGUGGCCACACAAACGGAACAACGAGUAGUUAGCAGCAAGGACGUCGAAUAUGAUGAGAGGGCAUUGGUCAAGUGGUUACACAAAAUAUGUCCAAUGGUGGAGCGGGAGCUAAUGAAUCCCACUCCACUGAUGGAAGACCUUACGAUGAGCCAAUGUCGCUUGGAGGAGGAACUGCAAGUUUACACCUAUCAAAAGUUGGCGAUGGGUGCGGUAGAAAACUCGCAAGGUCUGGCCAUCUGGCUGUGUGUCCAUACCAAUAAUGCUCCUGUUCUAGUGGCCACAACGGUGGCUCCACAUGAUGACUGGUGCGAACACGUGGAUCAGCAGCUAAAGCUUUUCGUUCCCCAAAGAAUGGCCAAUGGAAACUUUGUAAUUUACAACGAGGCCAAAACUCUCCCAUUGAAAUCCUGCCUUCGAAGUUUAUGCACCAAUCCAUUUAACAAGAACAUGUUUGCUGGUUCCACCAUGGAUGGAGAGCUUUUCAUCUGGUUGUAUGAACAGGCGAGGGGUGCCGAUACUAGCGUGGACAUAAAACAGCUCUACAGUGUAUCGUCCUCCCAGGGAGCCGCAGUUGCUCUGGACUGGACCAGUGAAAAGCUCCUAAUGGCCUGCUAUACCAAUGGCAGCGUUCUUCAGUGGGAUUUGAGUAGACAGAUGACUCUAGACUGGGAGUACUCCCUUCCCGCCUCGAUUAACUCAGAGCCUACAGCUUUGGUGGCUCUUGGACCAUGUGAUUUUGUACUGGGCACUAACGAUGGUGGCGUAUACCGCUGCUGGAACAACGGUCGUCAAACAGCCGCCACAAAGCAGAUUCAAUUGUUAGCACUACGACGACAUCGAUUCAUGGUCUCCACGCUGCUCCGAACCGAAGUGGGAGGCAAUCAGUUCGUCCUGAGCUGCGAUCUCAGUGGCCAAGCUUUCUAUCACGAUAUGCGACUUGUGGAUGAGGACUUGGCCCAGUUGAUAGUGCAGAUUCCAUUGCCAUUUAAAAACGUCAUUGCCUGCAGUCGAGAUGGAAACGUCAUCUACUGCCCAGCCGAUGAUGGAGCACUGGAAUACUAUAGGGUGAGUGACGGAGCUCACGCCCAUGUCAAGGGAGGAUUACGCGGCAAAGGAAGCCUUAUCCGCUGCAGCGACAAUGGCCGCUGGUUAGUUGCAGGACUCUAUGCCGAUGAGUUUCAGAUAUUCUACGUCGAAUAUUAAAAACACUUUUGAUUCUUUUCUUAGCUUUGAAAUAAUCGCUUGUAUUUGCAUGACUGCUUAUGUUAAUAUGUACGUUUUCAUUUUCUCUUAGGGUUGCUAUAUACACGAGUUUAUUUUAAAAUUUCUCAGAUCUCUAACAAAUACCACAUGUAAAUAUAGACUAUAUAUUUUAUAAACAAGAA